AAAACAAUGCUCAUCUCUUCUCUUCUCUACCAAUGUAUCUUUCAAACUACUAUGAUUAAGAUAUCUCAGCUAUCAAGUUCAUCUCAAGAGCUCACAUUCAAGACAGUCGGUUUUAUCUGUAAAGUUUAUUGCUAUUGCGGUUUAAAUAGCCUCGAUCACCUGAGCUGAGUGAGCUAAAUCACACUUCGCCACCCUGGAAACAACCACCUUUUGAGCAAAUCCUCAUGUCACCAUCGGAACCCAUUCCAAAAGAUAUGGAGACUUCCACUCCUCAGGAGCAAACAACAAACGAUGAGACUGUAGCCUUAGCGCCAGAAUCAGAAUCAGGUCUUCUAUCCCCACCGCAAGAUCAACAACAAACAGGAGCAACUCAAGAUGAAGUAGGCAAAAAUCAAGUUCUAGUAGACGCAGCAGAACUGGCCGAAAUAAGAAAACAAGUCGAAAAGAUUCUUAUCUAUCAACGCACCGGAAAAACAAACUCGCCUUCCUUUACUUUAUUCCCCACGUUCCCGUUGGAAAUUCGUCGUCAUAUCUGGAAACAUGCUCUUAUGGGUCCGCAUCUCCACGUUAUCACGGAUCGAGCAGCGACUCGCAGCAGAAUUACAGUGAUUAUGCAAAGCUGUAAAGAAGCUUAUGAGGAGGGCAUGGUACUACAAUUUCCCUAUUUCACCUACUGCGAUUACAGUUCGUGGGGUGAUAAAAACUCCCACGCUUCACUUCCAAAACAUUAUAUGAAUCCACAUGCGGAUAUCAUGUGGGUGGUUCAGAAUAAGCCAGGCAAUCUUCUUCCUUGCUCUUUGUCAUUAUAUGAUGGUCGUGCUCCGUAUCGCAUGGUGAAGAUUCUGGCUAUCGAUUAUCGGGUAUGGAGUGAGCCGAGCCUUAGUCGGGGUAAUGGUAAUAGGUGGACUCCGGGAUCGAUAGAUUGGGUACCAUUUCAAAUGUGCGAGGAGAUAUACAUUGUUCUGAACGAAGUUGCUUUUUCCCUAUUCAACGGCGUGGAGUUCGUUGAGCCGGAGGAUAUUCCAAAUGAGCGUUUCCCUUCGUAUAUGCUUACCUCUCAAGGUUACGAGAAGUCCAAUUCUGCUCAUUUCAGAGAAGCGGAGCAAAGAAGGAAACUCUGGAAAUAUUUUCGAGAAUGGUGCGAUAGUCUCCAAGAGGGCGAUGUAAGUUCUCUAGUGCGAGCUCAGGAUGCACCGCCCAUUCGCUAUGUAAUCGCAAAGUCAAACGCCGACGGAGAAUCAUUCCGAUACACCACAAACCGGAAGCCGAUCACGACUGGUCGUAAUGCUCUGACUCCUCUGAACAAGGAGACUAUGCCAGAUGAACUCAGAGUCUUAAACUCAACUUCGGAUUUCGAUUGCUCGCAUCCAAUAAACCAGGCUCCGCAAAGCGAUAGCGAAUACGAUGGAUAUGAUGAAUUUGCAGGUGGUUUGGAGUUUGACAGUGAUGCUGAAGAUGACGAUGACGAUGACGAUGACGAUGACGAUGACGAUGACGAUGACGAUGAGGAUGAGGAUGAGGAUGAGGAAGUGAAAGUGGAAGUGGAUGUGGGUUUAGAAAUGGAUUUGAAUUUGGAUUUGGAUGGAAGUGACAUGGGAACCUUUGACCUUUUCUAGGAUGUUGACGAUUUCGAUUUUCAUGAUGAUGCCUGUUUGCAGAUAGAUAAUUGGUAUGGAAUGGAAAUGAUUCAACGCUCUUCUAAAGCAGAUAGAAUUUUAAUAUAUGAGUAAAAAACGCCUCAU